AUGGCCGACCCGUCUACGGCAGUGGAUUCGACUCGGAUCGUGACCUACGACGAUGGCUACGUCGGAUCGCCUCCUCUCUACAUGGAGAAUCCCAGACCAGUUUUGGAGGAAAUCAAGCGCGAUCUGAUGCGGAAGCAGAAAACGCCCGGCGAGAGAGGCGGCCCUAUACAGAUGUGGAGGGACUACCGAAGAGGCCGCCAGAUGCGAAAGGGAGACGAGAUAUGGCGACCAAGCGGCGACAAGGACGGAUAUUGCUGGCGAUCCGAAACCGGCUUCAUGGACAAUACCAGCAGAUACCCCAACUGGCGCGCCAAGUGGGUGGUAGAGGUCAAGGACGCCAGCCGCGUUCCGACCUGCGAGAUCUGGGGGCCAAAUGGACGGAGGGAACCCAACUUUGAUGUCUGGCAUUGGAUUUCGGACUGGCCUGAGGAUAUCCACAUGGAGCAUUGGAAGGAGCUGCAUCGGAGGAAGCUUAUUGGCUUGGACCCCCGAAAAGGGAAUAAUCCAAUGGCCCUGAGCGAUCACCCCAGGGCCUACGGCACUGCCGCCCUCGCUUUCGCCUUCACGGCCGGCGUCCUGCUGACCCUCGGGUUCAAGGACUCGUAUCCCGACCUCGAGCGUCGCUACCAGCGCAAGCGCCGCUCACGAAAGACGCUUUCGGCCCCUGGAGAUGAGUCUCGCCGCGGCAGCUUCUUCUGGAGCAGCCCCGUCAAGCUCGAGGACCACGAAGCCCCCUCGGCGCACGACGACGCUCGCAGCAGCCCGGCGGAGGGCAUCGAGGCCUGCAUCGGCAACACGCCGCUCAUCAAGAUCCAGUCGCUCUCCGAGGCCACGGGCCGCACAAUCCUGGCCAAAGCUGAGUUUCUUAACGGCGCGGGCAACAGCCCCAAGGACCGUGUCGCCCUCAACAUGAUCCGCGAGGCCGAGGCGAAGGGCCUGCUCGUGCCCCGGCGAGGCGACACCAUCUAUGAGGGCACCGUGGGCAGCACCGGCAUCUCGCUCGCCACCCUCGCCCGCGCAAAGGGCUACCGCGCGCAUAUCUGCAUGCCCGACGACAUGGCCAUGGAGAAGUCGGACCUGCUGCUGCAACUCGGCGCCACCGUCGAGCGAGUCACCGUUGCGCCCAUCACCAGCCCCGACCACUUUGUGAACCUCGCCCGUCGCUACGCCGCCGAGCACGCCGCGAAGCACCAGGACGGCAGCCAGGGCUUCUUCGCCAACCAGUUCGAGUCGGACGCCAACUGGCAGGCGCACUUGAAAUCGACCGGCCCUGAGAUCUGGAAGCAGACGAACGGCGACUUGGACGCCUUCGUUGCCGGCGCGGGAACUGGCGGCACCAUGUCCGGCGUCGCAAAGUAUCUCAAGGAAGAACAGAAGCUCUCAACUGUCAAGAUUGUGCUCGCAGACCCUCAGGGCAGUGGCCUGUACAACAAGGUCCGUCACGGCGUCAUGUACUCGUCGACAGAGCGCGAGGGCACACGGCGUCGCCAGCAGGUCGACACCAUGGUAGAGGGUAUCGGCAUCACACGCCUCACACAGAACUUCGAGGCCGGGCGGGAACUCAUCGACGACGCCGUCAAGGUGACAGAUGAGCAGGCCUGCCGAAUGGCUCGCUGGCUCGUCGAGCACGACGGCAUCUUCAUCGGCAGCAGCAGUUCCGUCAACUGCGUCGCCGCCGUCGCUACCGCCAUGACCUUGCCGCCGGGGAGUCACGUCGUCACUAUUCUAUGCGAUUCAGGCUCACGCCACCUCAGCAAAUUCUGGAAGCACAUCAAAGAGAUGGAGCGCAAGGGCGACGACGAGGCGUCCGACUUAUUUUCUGAGCUAGGGAUACCCAAGACGGCAUGA